GUUUAUAGCCGACCGUAAACAGAAAGCGGAAACAAUAGAGAACCACAAACACACACCCUUGUCUUGGCGAUCUACUCAGGGAAAUAAAAUACCUUUACCUUUUAAGCAAUACUAGUAAAGUAGACAUCUAAGAAAAUACGAAGUCGACGAGUACUUAGGGGCAUUUGACUAAGUUGGUCACCAUGGCACUGAAAAGAAUACAGAAGGAGCUUCAUGACCUGCAGAGGGAUCCGCCAGCACAGUGCUCUGCUGGACCCGUGGGAGAGGACUUGUUCCAUUGGCAAGCAACAAUAAUGGGGCCAGGUGAUAGUCCGUACCAAAGUGGGGUCUUCUUUCUCACAAUCCACUUCCCCACCGACUAUCCCUUCAAGCCACCAAAGGUAGCGUUCACAACGAAGAUCUAUCAUCCAAACAUCAACAGUAACGGGAGCAUUUGCUUGGACAUCUUGCGAUCCCAGUGGUCUCCAGCAUUAACUGUAUCAAAAGUUCUGUUGUCCAUAUGUUCGUUGCUUUGUGACCCGAACCCAGACGACCCCCUAGUUCCAGACAUAGCACAGAUCUACAAACUAGACAAAGACAAAUACAACAGACUAGCAAGAGAUUGGACCCAGAAGUAUGCAAUGUAAAGAUCCUCCUGGAGAUGUUUUUUAAAGUCACUAAACACUGUACAUUCUGGUUAUAGAAAGUCAACCUAGGUGAUAUGGAACACAUUGUACUGUCAACAUUUAUCAUGUGAACCCAUGAACUCUAGAUGAUUUUGUGUUUACAGGGGGUAUACACUGCACAUAUGUACAUUAAGGGUGAUUAUAGGGUGACAAAUAUGGGGGACAACAACUGUACAUUGUUGUUCUCCCUACUUCCUGGUUUUGGGAACUUUUGUUUCUCGUCUCAUGAAUGGAAGAGGAAGUUAUUAGAAUACUGUAGCCCACGGUUACAUUCAGAAUACUGUAGCCUGUUGUUCCAGUCAUCAGAAUACUGUAGCCUGCUGUUCCAGUCAUCAGAAUACUGUAGCCUGCUGUUCCAGUCAUCAGAAUACUGUAGCCUGCCGUUCCAGUCAUCAGAAUACUGUAGCCUGCCGUUCCAGUCAUCAGAAUACUGUAGCCUGCUGUUCCAGUCAUCAGAAUACUGUAGCCUGUUGUUCCAGUCAUCAGAAUACUGUAGCCUGUUGUUCCAGUCAUCAGAAUACUGUAGCCUGUUGUUCCAGUCAUCAGAAUACUGUAGCCUGCCGUUCCAGUCAUCAGAAUACUGUAGCCUGUUGUUCCAGUCAUCAGAAUACUGUAGCCUGCUGUUCCAGUCAUCAGAAUACUGUGGCCUGCUGUUCCAGUCAUCAGAAUACAACACAGAGUACAACAUACUCAUGGCUCUGAUGACUGUCACCCAUAAAGAGGGAAAUUGAUGAAUCAAACCAAUUUUACCGUUUUUUUUUUUAUUGUAUCAAACUAUUCUGGACCUACUUUAGUUGUUUUAGCAUUAAGUCAGAACUUGUAUCAUUAAAACAUUGAAAUACAUUCUCUGCAAAUAACAGUGAUUUAGGGUCUUCAAUUAUGGCUUAUGCUGUUUAACACUUUUGUAUAAUUAAAGAAUGGUACACUUUU